AGACAAAGAAACAGAGAAACGUGAAAGAAAGAGAAGUCAUGUGGGAAAUUCUUGAUCGAGGCCAUACAGUUUCCGAUUCCCACGAGGGUUUCAAGAGAAGGAGAGAUGCAGGCCGAUUUGUGGAGGGCCUCUCGUAUCUAAAGUCCGGCCCCCGGGGGCGGAACAAGAAAGAGCCACGGAGAGUGGCACGAGAGGCACGCGAAGAGAGAUAUACAAGAAGAAGUAACAAGUACGUCGGCGCAGGACAUCGGCGCACACGAGACCUCUCCCAAGAGUAGGUGCUACAUGAUUGGCUAACCUCCAUGUGUGGGGGCGGCCUAACGGCGCUUCGACGGCGGCCUCGUUGAAAAUAUAAGCCUGUAGGCGCCAAGCGGUUAACGAUCGCCUCUAUUUCUAUAGCUUUGCUUUCCUUAUUAAUGAGGAUUUUUUGACCUCAAAUAAAAAGGAUAAGCAAGAAGAAGAAGAAGAAGAAGAAGAAAUACAAAGAGGAAGAAGAAGAGAAAGAAGAAGAAGAAGAAGAAAAAAGGAAAGAAUAAUCAUCGUCAUUAAGAUUCUUCAUUUGGAUCAACGUAACGUUCUUCAAUCUCGAAACUCAUUUGUUACCGUUGCUGAUUAUGACAAUGAUAAUGAUGAUUACAACGAUGAUGGCUCUGUGAUAUAAUUUAUCAAAGUGGAUUCAUUUGGAAUCGUCGAGGAAUAUUAAAUUUGUCUUCUGGGAUUAUCAAAUUAAGAACGAGAGAAUGGACGGUGGUCCGUUCGACGAUCCAAUAUUUUCCGACUUUGGUGGUCGAGGUGGUACCGGAGUUCAUAGUAUUCAAGUGAUGCUAGGUUUACACGGUGGACAUCAUGGAAAUGACUUGAUGCCAACCGGUGGACAUCUUCAUAAAUUGGAUUCUUCGAAUAGUCCACCGCCUCAUCAUCAAACGGCUCAUCAUCAUAUGCAGCAACAACAACAACAGCAACAACAGCAACAACAGCAACAGCAGCAGCAGCAACAACAACAGCAACAACAACAACAAAAAGAAUUGAAGGAAUUAGAAUUAGCUGGUAUGUACGCGCCGUUACCUCAAACUCCGGAUGUAACAACUUCGACGACGACCACAGCAACACCUACGUCUACAACAUUGCAACAAGGUCUUCAACUUGGUAAUUCUCUAAAGAGAAAGCCGGACGAUCCUAUGAACCCUCUUGCACCAGUGAGCGGCGAAACGCAAUCGGCUAAGAAAGACUCAAAAAAGAAAACCGAUAAUAAUGGAAUCAAAAAGAAGAAAACCAGAACUACCUUUACGGCUUAUCAGUUGGAAGAAUUGGAAAGAGCGUUCGAACGUGCACCUUAUCCUGACGUUUUUGCUCGCGAGGAGUUAGCUUUAAAGUUAGCACUAUCGGAAUCUCGAGUACAAGUCUGGUUUCAGAAUCGACGUGCAAAAUGGCGGAAAAGGGAACCUCCGCGAAAAACUGCCGGUUACAUGGCAGCUGGUUCUGCUAGUCCUGGUCUCUCAGGUUCAUUCACGUCUUUGAACAACACGUUGAAUCCAUUUGCAUCUCCAGCGACAGCAGCAGCGCCACCUGACGCUUGGACGUAUACUCCGGCUUACGAUUUGGCGCCACAUUUGAAUCUCUUGAGUCCUUCUAACUCGCCAUAUACGACGUCAUUUGGUGGUCCUAGUAAUAAUGGAUCAGCAUAUUCUUAUGCUACAAUGUUGCCUCAACAUGAUGCUUCCUUAUUUUCUGCACCUUCCAGCAACACGAUGCGUGUUCAUCAGGAUUACAUGAAUGCUAGUAAUAGUCCACCACCGCCAUUAACACGUAAUGAUUAUCAGACAAUGGUUACUACCACUCAUUCACCUCCUACUCAUCUUGGUGGUUCCAUGUCUGAGGAUGAACAUCAACAAAAUAAACAAUUGGAUUAUGUAAGUGGUCUCAGUCCAGCUGAUAAGUAUCAACACGAUCAAGCUGAUUAUUCGCAGCAACAGCAACAGCAACAGCACGAUCAGAAACAAGAAUAUGGUAUGCAUUCACCUCAAGGACGUCAAAGUAUAAAGGAUCAGGUGAUGAUCAAGAGCGAACCAAACAGUCAACAAAGUUACGUGCAAUUGCCUCCUUUUCUCAACUGACUCGAAAGCCAAUUUCUAGAUUUCUUCUAGAUGGCUUUUAUCGUUACUACACGACUUUACCGUGUGAAUCCUUAUCUCUAAAAUCUCAAGACGAUCAUGAUUCUUCCUCCUUAAUGUGACUCUCUUUAUAUUUUAUUACAUAGAAUUUCAAUUCAGAGGAUUAUUCCUCUUCAAUGACACGAGACAGCUAUGUGUGUAAACAGGAGCUGUUAAACUUUUUACACUUUUCUUUUGUCCUUUUUUUUCAAACUUAUUCAUACUAUGCAAAUUAAUAUUGUUAGUCGAUUAAGAUAUUGUGCUUUAUAUGAUAUAUGUAUGUAUAGCAAGUUAAUCAGCGUGUUUCUUCGUGAUAUACGAUUUAAUUACUAAAAAAAAAAAAAAAAUAAUUAUUGAGAAAUUAAUUUUAAUUGGCAAAUAUAUUUUCUUCAAGUAUGAAAAUAGAAAUAUUAUAUAAAAAUUAAAA